AUGGAUGCACAAGAUGGACCGAUAGCAGAAAAGGGAUCUUUGGACGAAACAAAGACACCUCGACAUUGUGAGAACUGUCAUCGCAAAACGAACAUGAGGUGGAAUUGUACGAACUGCAAAAAGAUAUUGUGUUACAACUGUAAGUUUGUGCAUUCAAAGAACAAAUCAACAAAAGCUCACACUGUCGUGGAAGUAAAAAGCUUCAGUAAAAGUACUAGUGACUUGACACCGAAGCGUUCAACCGCGAAAAAGUUAUCUCCUGGACCCUCCAACCGCUCUCCUAGCGUUGGAAGUUCGUUAUCAGUAUCAAGAAUUCGAGAAACGUGCAGGGAACACGAGGAGUUUCUGAUUUUUCACUGCAACACAUGCUCAAAGCCAAUUUGCAGUGACUGCAUUCUGGGUACUCAUAAAACGCACGAGUUGAUUAAAUUGGAACAGUACAUAAAAUCUGAAAAACAAAGGUUAGUACAAGAGGUUUUGGAAGUUAAGAAAACUCAUAUUCUGGAGCUGAAGGCAUUGCUCCAAAUCUGUUCUUCUAAGAGAAAGUCUUCAGAGAUGGGACUGAAUAAUGCAUACGAUGAAUUGAAUGAGCACGUUGAAAAGCUUAUUGCAGAUGUUAAAAGCGAAGCAGACUGUAUUGCAGAUGAUUUUAAAAGUAUUAAUACUAAGAACGAAUCUGAAAUAAGAAAAACUGAAAAGCAUAUCAAUGAAGCAUUGAACAUUGUAAAUGAAGCCAUCUCACUGUGUGAAAACAACUUAGACGAAUCUGUUUAUCAUUUGUAUCAAGCUAAAGAGAAAAUGACACAUUUAAAAGAAGGAAUGGUGUUACCAAAUGAGCCAAACAUUCACCCGAUUGAAUUUGAAAAGGGUCAAAUUAACAGAUCCCUUCUUAGCAAAAUGAUAUGUACAAGCAUCGUUAAAGAUGAAACCGUAGACGAGAAAGACGAAACAAUUGAGGAACCUGUCAGGCCAAAAAGUAAUCAAACAAAGAUUCCAAACGACGAAAUGGAUAGGUACAAUCUAUGCAAAGUCGGAAUAAGUUGCCUAUCUAUAGGUGCUGACCAAUCAAUUACCGUUAGAGAUCCACGCACAGCGAAAGGGAUUCAAAAGAUCUUCAUCAAACAUGGAAGAAAACUAGACGUAAAGGAACCUGUUGAGUUUGACAAAUACGUCACCGAUAUUUGUUGUUACGAUAACAAGAGCACGCUGGUUACAUUUGUGAACACAGGUGCCAUCAAAAUCGUCAAUCAUCACGGCAAAAUGGCGACGUUUACAGAUUUAUCCCCGUUGUAUCCUGUCAGUGUAUGGAAGACGUCGAAUGGAUCGAUUCUUGUAUCCGUCGUCGAGGGUGACGAGUUAGAAGCAACAGAAGAGAGCACACGCGCUGUUUACAUCUUAUCCUUCACUGGACGAGUACUGAAGAAAGUUGAAUACUUCCAAGGAAAACGGACUUUGAACAGACCAUAUAGAGCACUGGAGAAUAACAAGGGAGACAUCGUCGUUAUUGAUUUUAUUGACCUCGAUGACAGAGUGGUUUGGAUGAAGAAAGACGGCGAAGAGAUUUGUUCCUAUAGAGGACAUGUGUCUCCAAAGUAUCCAAGACUUAUGGCAGCGCAGGGUCUAGCUUGCGAUAAAGAUAGCAAUGUUUACAUUUCGGAUGCAAGGAACAACGUCAUUCACGUUGUGGAUGCAGGUGGAAAAUUCAUUCGUUUCAUCGAGAACGAUAUGGAGAGAUUUUUCUCUCCUUGGUCACUAUGUGUUGAUGAUAACAAACUAUGGAUUGGAACGUCCAAUGGACGCUUAUACCGAACAUUUAUUAGAACAAAAUAA